AAUAGAUAAUGAUAUAUUUUAAUUAAGUGUUACCCAAAUCGACCUUACCAGUUACCCCAUACUUGCGUCUCUGUCUUGUUAUACAAAAAUUCUAUAAAUAGAGAGAGCCCUUAACCAUGGGAUCACAAAUCAAAGAACUCAACAAUAAUAUCACACCCUUGGCAAUGUCUUCCGAUCUCUCUGAUAUCCUCCCUCGCGUGCUUAUCGUAUCCAGACGUAGCGUUCGAAAGAAUAAAUUUGUAGAUUUCGUAGGAGAAUACCAUCUUGAUCUUAUAGUAAAUUAUGGUGCGGUACCCGUAAUAAUCCCAAGAGUUUCUGGGGUAAACACGUUGUUGAGAAGCUUUGAGCCCAUCCAUGGCGUCCUGCUAUGCGAAGGAGAAGAUAUCGACCCGUCUCUGUACAAAGGAGAAUUGGAUCAACCUUCGGACCUUUCGCCGCAAGAACUGGAAGAGAUUAAGAAUCUUCAUGCCAGUGACACAGCCAUUGACCGUGAAAAGGACUCCAUUGAGUUGAGUCUUGCUAAGCUUUGUUUGGAGAGGAACAUACCUUAUUUGGGAAUAUGUAGGGGUUCCCAAGUCUUAAACGUGGCCUGUGGAGGUACCCUUUAUCAGGACGUUGAGAAAGAGCUCUCUAAAAAUGUCAAUAAACAAGAAAGUGAAAGUAAUAACACUAAUGACAAUAACAAAGUUAUGCAUAUUGACUAUGAUAACUAUGAUGAUCAUAGACAUGUUGUCAAACUCGUAAAAGACACCCCAUUGAAUGAAUGGUUCAAAGAUUCAUUGGAUGAAGAGAAAAUGGAGAUUUGGGUAAAUAGUUAUCACCACCAAGGAGUCAAGAAAUUGGCUCAAAGAUUUGUGCCGAUGGCGUUUUCCCCAGAUGGUUUAAUAGAAGGGUUUUAUGACCCAGACGCUUACAAUCCCGAGGAGGGUAAAUUUAUUAUGGGUCUACAAUUUCACCCAGAAAGAAUGAGAAAGCCAGAUUCUGAAGAAUUUGAUUAUCCGGGCUGCCCGUCUGCUUAUCAGGAAUUUGUUAAGGCGGUGAUUGCUUAUCAAAAGAAGCUGACUAAUUGCUCUACAACAGUUACCAAACAAUUAAAGGUCGAUCAAGAAUUGGAGAAAAAGAGAAAAGUUAUUGCCAGAAGUUUCUCACUUGCUAGAAACCUUUAUGCCACCGGCCAUGAAAUGGAUUCAAAGGAAGAAUCUGAACUUGAAGCGGGAGCCGAAUUCCUCAAAUCGAAUACAGCAUUGAGUUUACAACAAGAGAAUAGGCUGAAACAAAUGGGGGCAACCGUUAGGAAUGCCAAUUCUUAUAUAAAGAAGUUGAAGUUGAAUGAGGAAAGACAAACAGUGGCUCGAAAUGUGAUGGGCAAAAUGUCUGUAGAGCAGUUAUCUGAUCUCAUGUCGUUUUACCAUAUGAUGGGUCAAAUUUGCUCAGAAGUCCUUGAGACAAAGCUAAGUAGAGUUGUCCCCGAUGGCUUUACCAGCAACCAAUAAUUUACUAUUAUUAUUAUUAUUAUGAACAGGUUCCCUGGAGAUUAGGAUAUCGACUUAUAAGAACAGUGUCUCAUGAAUCAUGAUGAAGAUCUGUUUCACUUUUAGUUUCACUCACAUGAAUCUUUGCAAGUCGAUGCGGGCUCUUUUUCUCCCCCUUUUAUGCUUUGCUUUUUAUUUUAUUUAUUUUUUUAUUUGUCUUUAGUAUCAAACUAUCUUUAUGUGUUACUAUUAGAAAGAGUUGUUGUAACUUUUUGUUCAAGUAUAUAAUUUAAAACUCCAUAAAAGUUGCAACAUA